UGGGGCCGCCCUUGGAGCCCGCCGCGCCGCCUGGUCCCCCGAUGCCCGCGCAGACAGCCACGCCGCCGCAACUCCCGGCCCGGGCACGCUCCCCCGGGGUGCCCGAGCCUCUGCCUCGCCGUCCAGGGUCCAGACAAUGAUCCCUCCUGGGGAGUGCGUGUAUGCAGGGAGGACGAGAAGAAAGCCAACGCAGAAACAGAGGCCUGCCCUGGGAACUGAGAAGUCAAACCCUUCCAAGAGGCACCGGGACCGCCUCAAUGCUGAGCUGGACCACCUGGCCAGCCUACUGCCCCUGCCCCCUGACAUCAUCUCCAAGCUGGACAAGCUCUCGGUCCUGCGUCUCAGUGUUAGUUACCUCAGGGUGAAGAGCUUCUUCCAAGCUGUCCAGGACAGACGUGCCCGGCGGCCAGUGGCCGGGGCCAGUGUACCAGGAGACAUCCACCCCCGCGGAGGGUCUGCUGUGCUGGAGGGGCGACUGCUGCUGGAGUCCCUGGAUGGCUUCGCGCUGGUGGUCAGUGCGGAGGGCAGCAUCUUCUACGCCUCAGCCACCAUUGUGGACUACCUGGGUUUCCACCAGACAGACGUGAUGCAUCAGAGUGUUUACGAUUACAUCCAUGUGGACGACCGCCAGGACUUCUGCCGCCAGCUCCACUGGGCCAUGGACCCACCACACGCGGUCUCUGCAGAGGCAGGAGAGGACCCUAUCCUGGGGCGGCUGCUCAGGGCCCAGGAUGGGGGCCCAGGUGCGCCGGCGGAGUUCGCUGCCUUUCUUACUCGUUGCUUCGUGUGCCGUGUCCGAUGCCUACUGGACAGCACCUCGGGUUUCCUGACAAUGCAGUUCCAGGGAAAACUCAAGUUCCUGUUUGGGCAGAAGAAGAAGGCGCCGUCGGGUUCGGUGCUGCCCCCGCGGCUCUCGCUGUUCUGCAUUGCGGUGCCGGUUCUGCCGCCCCCCACGGCGGUCGUGAGCACGCAGGGCACGCUCUUGUUGCCCAAGCACCGGGUGGACCCUGCAGACACCAGGGCCAAGGCAACCUGGACCCUCUGUGAUGCAGGACUGCACAAGAGGCCUAGCCAUGUGGCAGGGAGGAACAACGGAGGCAGCUGCAUCUCCAUGUUCAGGACGACGCCAGAUGCUGGACAGUGGGCCCGGGCCCCCUGCCUACGCCUCAGGAGCAGCCCUGAGGAGGCCUUAGGGGAUGAGGAGGAAGAGCUUCAUGCCGGGGCAAGGAGCCACAGGUGUACCUGCCGGUUGGAGACCCCAAGAUCCACACAGUCCUCGGCCUGGACGGCAAGCACCCAUGGCGAUGGUGGAGGAGCCCGGCUGAGACCACCCUGUGUGCGGGCUGGGCCUCGCAGCCCAUGGAUGUCCUACCCAGGCAUCCAGGCCCCAGCCGGAGCCUUCAGGGGCUCAUCUGCACCUCACCUGCCGAACCACCUCCCUGGCUGUGCCAGCCAGAGCAGCAAGCCCCUGCAGGACAGGGCUCAGGGCCCAGGGCCCCGGGGUGCACAGGUGUCCAUCAAGAUAGAGAAAGACCCUGGACCCGAUGACACCCUGGAUGACUAUGGCCCUGGUCAGCUGUGGCCAGGAGCUGGUGAUGUGGCCAGGACGCCCCUGGCUGCCUUUCCUGCCAGGGUACACCUGAAGGCAGAGCCAGACUCCUGGCACCAGGUAUAUACCCCGGCCCUGGGGCACGGGGUGCUAGGAGCGCCCGUCCAUGGUAGGGAGCAGCCCCCCUUUUGCCGUCCACCCUGUGCCUGCCUGGAGCCCCUCCACAGCCUGCCCGGGCUACAGCACCCCGAGCCUCUCUGCAUGGCUGGCUGCCAUGAGCACCAGCCCCCUGCACCUGGGGCCGCCCCCACAGUUAAGCGCGAGCCCCUGGACUUGCCCCCCUGGGCUGUGGCCAGCCGGGGGACUGGGUCUGAGUUAUUCCCCCGAGGAGCCUUGAUGACCCUGACCCCGCCCAGGGCUGCUGAGUGCCCAUUCCCAUCCUAGCCACCUCCUCACAACCAGCACCCCUGGGCUGCCUCUACCUGGAUGCCCAGAGCCUGCUCAGCAGCCCAGCCCCUCAGUGGGUCUGAACCUGGUAACCCUCCGGGACCUCGCUCUGCCAGGCCUCACUGCUCUUCAGGAGUUGCGGUCCCUGAGGGCCUGUCCAUGUGGUGGUCCGUGCUCCACAGGGCCACUCCAUGGUCAGCAGCUGUCACAGCUUGGCCACCAGUGCAGUGGAAAGCAAGAGCAGAACAGGCAGGGGGGCCUCCCUGGCCUCCCUUGCUUCCUGCCUCCCUCCGGAUUUUCAUGUCUGGGUUCUGGUCACAUCCAGAAAGACUCAUUAAGGGCAGGUGGAGGGGCCAAUGUCAUGGUGGGGUCCCCUGGACCCCAACCAAGGUGACACAGGUCCUAACUUCUUCCAGAGCCCCUGUGGCUGGCAAGGGAGCCGCAAAGGGACUGUAACAGGCUGUGUGGUGGGGACAGGGUGUCUGCCUCUGAGGUGGCCUCUUCUGGAGGCCUCAACCAGGGCCUGUUGGCCAGAACCUGCGGCCUGUGUCCUCCUGUGCCAGCAGGGGCUAGCCCUGCCCAUGGUGAAUGCAUAUGGGACACAGUUGUGGUGGGAUCCCAGGAGCUGGCCCUCCACUGCCACUGCUCAUCUUGGGAGGACUUACCCUGGGGCAGUGUGGGGGCUGGCACUGCUAACCGUGGAAGCAAGUCAAGGGGAAAGGCUAAGUGACCUCAUAUCUGCUCGAUCCUCGGGGCUCUCUGAAACUUGGUGCCAGGCUACGGUGGGCAGGAGCCAUGGUCAUGUCCAAUGGCCUAACUGUCCAUGAGCACAGCCACUUGGACACACAGCCUCACAGGGACUUGGACACCUGGUAUGACUCUGUCCACA